UUUAAAACGCUGCGGCUCGGAGCGCACAGUCAGAUCUUUGGAGAGUCUGUGGUGGAGUCACUUCAACCUGCUCACUGCUGUCAUCUCCUGAGACAAACAACACACGGAAGUAUAAAGUAGACCGGUUAAGUCACAACACAUUGACUUUUUUCCGAGGCAGGAUACUAAACAUUGUAGAGUUUUGGUGAAGAGAAGCCCAGGCGUCGGAGCUCCUCAACGUGAACUGGGAUGAAUCGCUGCACAGCUGCGUUACUUCUGCUGGUUAUUGCACUUUAUUCGCUGAACACAGAAGCAUACAAAUGCAGAUGCACCAGGAAAGGCCCCAAGAUACGAUACAAAGACGUGCAAAAACUUGAAAUUAAGCCUAAACACCCUUUCUGCCAGGAGAAGAUGAUAUUCGUCACCAUGGAGAAUGUGUCCCGUUUCAAAGGUCAGGAAUACUGCCUGCACCCCAGACUGCAGAGCACCAAGAACCUGGUGAAAUGGUUUAAGAUCAUGAAGGACAAACACAAAGUAUACGAAGCCUAAAAUGCCAUAGUGUUACAGAGCUACAGAGGUUGAAAUUUCUGUGGAAUGUACAAAACCACCAGUGCAUCUGUGGAUCAGCAGAGGACCGGUUUUCCAAGCUUACCAAGCACAAGACCCUUUCUUCAGGAACAAUGUGUAGGAAGACACGCAUAAAAAAAAUAAA